AUGCUUUCUAAAUAUGCAACAAAAGUUUGGUUUUAUCAAGUGAUAAAUAAUCAUAAAUUACCAAAUUUGAUAAAACAUAAUAUUAAUCAAGUUAGACUAUUUGCUCUUCAAAAUACAGCUCCACAUCCAGAGGAAAUGAAUAAUUCCAAUCAAAAUAUUAAAAAAAAAGAUUUAUUUGCAUCGACAAUUAUUAAAUUAGAAAAUGAUAAAAGUGCCAAUAUUAGAAAUAAAAUAUUAAAUACCUAUAUAGAAGAAAAAAAUAAAGAUUCCAAAAAAAAAUUAACAUUACAAACAACAGAAAUUGGAAAUGGGUGGGUAAAAAUGGGUGCUGGAAAUUUAAUUAAAACUUAUAUGGAGCUUUCAAAAUUUCGCCUUACAAUGUUAAUUGCAACUUCUACAGUUGGAGGUUAUUUUAUGGCUCCAGUUGCGUAUGAUCUUAAAACAUUUACUUGUUGUGUAAUUGGUACAUCAUUGAUGUCAUGUUCAGCAAAUGCUUUCAAUCAAAUGUUAGAAUCUCCUUAUGAUUCACAAAUGAAGAGAACACAAAAUAGGUUAUUAGUUACUAAUAAAAUUUCACCUUUACAUGCUUUUACAUUUGCCAAUAUGUGUGCUUUAACUGGAGGAUCAUUGUUAUAUUUUGGUUGUAAUCCUUUUACAACAUUUUUAGGACUUUUAAAUAUUGCUUUGUAUGCAGGUAUAUAUACACCCAUGAAACGCCAUCAUAUUGGAAGUACAUGGAUAGGAGCAAUUGUUGGUGCUAUACCUCCUGUAAUGGGAUAUGUUGCUAUAUCAGGACAAUUAGAUUUAGCAGCAUUAGUCCUGGCUGCAGUUCAAUAUUCAUGGCAAUUUCCACAUUUUAAUGGAUUAUCAUGGAAUUUAAGAGCUGAUUACAGUAGAGCAGGAUAUAGAGUUAUGUGUGUAACAGAUGAAAAAUUAUGUAGAAAAACAACUUUACGCCAUUCAUUAGCAUUACUUGGAAUAUGUUCAAUUGCUGCCCCAUUAUCUGGUCUUACAAGUUACACCUUUGCCAUUGAUUCACUUCCGCUAAAUUUAGCUAUGUGUUAUUUUGGUUAUAAAUUUUAUUCAACUCCUGAUGCAAAGACAUCUCGAAAUUUAUUUAAAUUUUCAUUGUUAUAUUUACCUUUAAUAAUGAUUUUAAUGGUUAUCAGUAGACAAGAUAAAGUAAAAACUGCAACAAUUAAUGAGGCAAAGUUGGUAGAUUAA